AAUGCGGUUCUCUGGUCGACCCAUCAACAAACUGUGGACAAUGUGAAAGUUUUAAAUACUACCAGCCAUAUUUAAGAUGCCAAUGGUGCAAUGGGCAGUGUAUCUACGCGGGAGAGCCUUGUGCACAGCAGAAAAAAUGUGCCCUGACCCAGUUAUCACAAAGGUAUAUCCUCUUUCUGCCCAUAUCAACGCUGUCACGCCCAUAACUGUCGAGGGUUUUAACCUGGGUUACAUAAACAAAACACUGAAUGCUGUUAGUGUCGGGAACAUCUCCUGUUAUACCAACCACACUGCCGCCGAUGUGAUAAACAUAUCAACAAGAAUAAAGUGUUGGCUUAGACCGAGUCACAGAGUAGCAACGGAAAAUAUUACAUUGACUAUACCAGGACAUAAUUCUGUUGUAUAUGAUAAACACAGCUUUAACUUUCAGUUCCCGAGAUUAACAAGGAUUUUCCCGAAUUACGGGCCUUUGUCUGGUGGUACAAAUGUUACGAUAGACGGCGAGCAUCUAGACACAGGUUGGGAGAGGAAGAUAAAGAUUGGAGAGCAACUAGUAACAGUGCAAGCGUUCAUAGAUCCAUCUUCGGCAGAAUUUAGGACAGUAAAAUUCAAUUCAACCACAAAGACAAAUGCUUUAGUUUCCAUGGUUUUCGAUAAUGAGGCCGUAAAAGGAGUCAACUUCACGUACGUUCCUGACCCUAAAAUUUGGGAUAUUCAACCAAGAAAGAGUUUUGAAAGCGGAGGACGAUUUUUAACGGUGACUGGUCUGAACCUGUUGUCCGUGCAAACUCCGAAGCUCAGGGCCCAUACCAUUGACGGAAAGACUUCAGUUGAAAUACCGUGCAGGCGUGGAAAAGCGCAUGACCUCGCGGACAGUCAGUUUAAUGGAAAUUUAGCAUGUAGAAGCCCAAUGCUUAUUUCCCGAGGGUCAAGUAAGGCGGCAAAGCUGUCACAUGAAGUAUCGGGAACCAUGGAGAUUAGCUUUGUCAUGGACGAUGUGGAAUCAGUCAGGAAUUUGCCGUCCAACAUUUCUGUCCUCCUAUACUAUACUGACCCAACUCUUUACAACUUCACCGAGACUCUGCGCAACACACAAGGCAUCAUUAUUAAAGGUGAACAUUUGGACAUGGCUGCCACCGCGGAAGACGUACAGGUGUUAAUUGACUGCGAAAAAUGCAAUGUCACCACUCUGGAGCACGACCGGAUAUUCUGUACCCCUCCCACUAUUGCGCCUAAGUGUAACGUUGAAAGACAAACGUUGUUUCCUAUUAAGGUACGCAUUGGAUUUCUGAAAGGAGAGGUCGGCCAGAUAGAGUAUGCAUUAUCCGAAUCAAAAUAUCCCCAUCUCGAAAUUAUAGGUCUCGUUGUAGUAAUAGUGUGUGUAUUCUUUGGGGUGUUGUGUUUGGCAUGUUUUAUAAGGGUGAGGCUGCGAAUAAAGCAUGAAAGAAAAGAUAAUGAGUAUAAACUGGAUGAAAUGGAGGGUCGCUAUAGAAACCAGUGCCGAGAAGAGUUCGCUGCUCUACAAACAGCCAUGGUCGACCUUACAAGUGAGCUUGAAGGUGGAAACGUCCUAUUCCGAGAGUUCGAUGACUUUGCUUGUAAAACUCUGUUGUCUGCGGAAGGAUCACUUGGUUUGAUGUCACCUCCUCUUUUAAUUACGAGCAGCAUAGAGAACGAGAUGGAGCAGUUCAAGAGAUUGUUGAAGAGUCACCAAUUCCUUCUCACUUUCAUUCGAGCCCUGGAGAAGCAGAAUAGCUUCUCCAUCCAUGAUAGGUCUGACGUUGCAACAUAUUUGAUGGUCAUCAACCACGACAAUAUGGAAUUCAUCACGAGCAUUUUGACGGACCUACUUGAUGCGCUCAUUGACAAAAAUGUUGCUGCCAAAACGCCCAAACUACUUUUGCGAAGGUCCGAGUCUAUAGCUGAAAAGUUGUUGACCCACUGGCUGUCAGUCUGCCUCUACCAUUAUCUAAAGGAGCAUACCGGGUCGGUGCUGUUCAUCCUCUACCAGGCUAUCAAGAUGCAGGUGGAGAAGGGACCAGUAGACUACAUCACAUCCUGUGCAAAAUACACAUUAUCUGAGGACAAACUCUUCACUGGAACUGACCAAACGAAAUCACUGGCGCUGGAAGUUUAUCAUUUACACAACAUAGAAAACCAGCAGAAGACAAUCAAUGUAGUAGUGCUCGACUGUGACACAAUCACCCAGGCCAAGGGCAAGAUGUUGGAGAUUCUGUACAAAAACACCGGAUACUCGCAACGGCCUUCGGCCCAUGCAACAGUAUUAGAGGUUGAAGAGAGUGGCGGUACCAGAAGAACUCUUCUCGACGAGGAUGCCUCCAGUGUGAAAAACGGCAUUUGGAAGAAAAUCAACACUCUUCAACAUUAUAACGUCCCGGAUGGGGCGAAAAUGUACCUGGGGCUAAACAGACAAUACUUGACCAUGUCUUUUAAUAUAAAGACAGCGUCGUCCUCAGAAUCGUUCGGGAACAUAAGGCAGUCAAAGCCAAUUGUUCGCACAGAUAGCGGCUCAAACGUUUGGCAUUUGAUGAAGCAGCACGAGGAAGACGAGGAGGUGAAGCUGGCCAGCGAUUUCUUCCUCCCAAGGCUUCUCCUCACCAAGGGUACUCUUCAAGAAUACAUAGAUGACUUCUACUCCAAAAUCCUUGAUGUCCAGAAUGAUCCGCCCAUUAUCAUCAAGUUCCUGUUUGAUAUGCUGGACAGUGCAGCCAACAGGUGCAACAUCACAGACCCAGAUGUGAUACACACCUGGAAAUGUAACAGCCUACUGUUGCGUUUCUGGGUGAACAUCAUCAAGAACCCCGAGUUUGCGUUUGACAUUCACAAGCCAGUCAUUGUCGACUCGUGCCUCUCUGUGAUCGCACAGACCCUCAUGGAUAGUUGCUCUACCGCCGAGUCAAGGCUCGGCCCCGGAUCGCCGUCAAACAAGCUGCUGUUUGCCAAGGAUAUUCCUCGCUACAAGAAGAUGGUGAAGGAAUACUUUGCGGAGAUAAAGUCUCGUCGAGCGGUCAGCGACCAAGAGCUCAACUCAUAUCUAACACAGAAAAUAUCUCAGAAAUAUUCCGGAAAAGUUUACCAAUCCACUGCUCUUCUUGAGAUGUUCAAAUUUGCCAAGAGAUACCGAGAAAAGAUCAGUGUUGAAAUGGACAACGAAGAAGCGGAACAUCCGGGCACUGUAUCCACCUUGUCCUGCAAGCUGCAGUGUAUCCACAUGGCCAUGGACCAGUUACAGCAGUAGAUAGUGAACAAGCUAAUGACCAUGCUACUACUGUAACAUUGGAGAUUAUCUGCUUCAAUUGUUGAUAGCGGAGGAGAAUAAAUAGUUUUGACAUCGUUUACCAUGAACAGUUUCAAUAUGACGGGCACAUUAAGAGACUUAAAGCGAACCAAUGGUUAUGAAAAAUUUCCACGUUAAUGCAUUUUUAAUAAAAUGCCAAUGUCCAUUGUAAAAAAUGAAUCUAUUUGGUACUUGUAAAAGAAUAUAUAUAUAUAUUGUAACUAUGUAUCAAUAGUAGAAUUUUGUUAUUUUUCCUCAUGGAAUUUGUAUAUAUAUUGUUGUUAACGAAGUGUUUUCAAAAAAAUUAUUCGUAUUUUGUAUUGUUAUCUUGACUACUCAUUUUGUUAUGGUAAUGUCAAUACAAGCUGCACAGCUAUAAUACUUUGGAUGGAGUAAUUAAAUGCAUCCGAAGGAUCACCCUUCCAGAAUUAAAACAGCAUUAACUGAUUGACAACCAUACUCAUAGGUGAAAUUGUACCUUAUUCUUACAUUUCUUUAACAACAGAAAUAAAAUAGAAAAGAUAUAAGGGCUGCCAUUAUGCUUCACAAGACAAUAAUACUUCUUUAUUUCAUCAGUAUUUCAUGCUACUACAGUAUACACUCUAUGCUGUUAUUUGUUUUAUAUAGAUGCACUCUAACCACCAAAUAAGAUUAACCACAAUUAAUACUAUUGUUUUAAUAUUCCAAAAAGGAUGAAUAAAUGUCGAAAACAAUGGUUCUAAUGAAGGAUACCUAUUUAAAUUUGAAAGAAAUGUGCAUAAACACAGUAUUACUACCUUUUGUGAUUAUAGUAGAUUAUAGUAAAUCUUUUAGCAUUCACCAAUCAUUUAAUAUGGUUUGCGUUUUCAACUACUAAAUACACGGUUACAAUCUUGUUAUCAGUAAUUGAUAUUUUCCAUAAAUGCAGUAUUUAGUAUGUAGAUAAAGGUUUAAUUUGAAAAAAUGAGCAUAAAACACGGUAUUUCUACCUUGUGAGACUAUAGUAGAUUACUUUAAAUCUUUUAGCAUUUACCAAUCAUUUAAUAUUUUUGCGCUUUCUGCUAUUAAAAACACGGUUCCAAUAUUGUUAUCAGUAUUUAAUAGUUUCCAUAAAUUAAUUAUUUAGCAAGUAGUAAUUCAGGUUUAUCAUUCAAAAUUUAUGUUUGUUAUAUAUAUGAGUAUGUAUUAAUUUUGAAUAAGAGUGUCACUUUAAACUUGUGUAUUGCUUAUAUUUCCAUUUACUGCUUUCAUUUUUUGUUUGGAGACAUCCAAGACUUCCAGCGAUUUGGUCACAACAAUGAAAUAGUACUAGUUUCUUAAGUGUCUUGAACUUCUCAUAUGAAGCUAAAGUGUCUAUCAAACUGAUGAAGAAUUCUAUAUUUUGUACAGGAUGUUGUAUGUAUGCAGUAUAAAUAAAAUCAUAACCGUC